GGGCAACUGAGAGAGACGCUUUUUGGUCACAGUGGAGGCUGCACAAGAACACUCAAAGUUACGGUCGAUAUUUUUAUUACUUUCGGGAUUAAAUCACCAAGUCAGCAUUACCCUGACGAAAACUACGGCGAGAGAGGAGCUCUGGGGACAUGGCGGUGUAUUUUGACCACCGUAUAGAUGCCCCCGAAAGCAGUGGAGUACCCUCUCAGUUGUCCUGGCACUCUGCUCUCCCUGUCCUGGCUGUGGCUUCAAGCAGCCCAAUCACAGGAGGCCAUAUAGACCUCUACCUGCAACAGGGAGAGUAUGUGGAGAGCUGUCAUUUAGAGCACCCUCAGCAGCCCACAGUGCUGUGCUGGCACCCCACAAAACCAGUGUUGGCGCUGGGCUGGGAGAAUGGAGAAGUGGUGCUGCUGACACACCCCUCUGGAGAUCAAACAGUCCUUCCCAGCACACACACAGUCUGCAUCACUUUGCUGGAGUGGAGCAGCUCCGGUAGCCGCUUGGUAACUGGCGAUCAGACUGGAACUCUGGCGGUUUGGAAAGUUGAUGCUCGAGGUAGACUUCAAGGAAACCAUCUUGUGAAACAUGAAUACAACAGACCUCUAACUUGCUGCAUCUUCCGACCAGCUUCACCAGGAGACGACGUGGCAAAGCUAGCCCGGGCAUCUGUAAGUGGAGAUGAAAGUGCUCUGGAUAUGUUCAGCUGGAAGGGAGCACCUCUAAAGAUGGGUCCACAGGAGGGACUUGUAUUCUACGUCAGCACUGCAGAUGGAAAAGUCCACUGUGUGGAUGAGCACUGUAAAACAAGCACACUCAUCAGCGUGGAGGGUUCAAUCAGGAAGCUUUUCUACUUUGAGAAAAGAGAAGUGCUUGCCGUGAUCACAGAGACCAUGAUGUUGUCACAGUACACUCUCGGAUCAGAGGGAGGAGCCCAGGAAUUCAUGAAGGUUAAGCUGAGCAGCAGCAGCAGGACUGGGGAGAAUGUGGACAUUGUCUGGACAGAGAGUGGCCUCCUCAUCACAGCUGCAGGAGAACUUGUUAUCAGGCUGUGGGACCUAGAGAGGGAUGACAACUAUGUUCUGCCACUGGAUGAGACUCUGGGAUUUGAGAGAGGAGAGAUGAUCAACUGUGUUUCAUACUGUGCAGGAAAAGAAAUCUUGGCUGCUGGUACGACCCAAGGGCGCAUAGCAAUAUGGAGGAUGGUAGUGCAGUCGGACAGCAGCAGAGCUGAUAACAAGGUCCAGUGGAAGCUACAGACACCCACAGAAGUAGAUGGAAAUGUGACACAGCUGCAGUGGGGUUCUAGCCUGAAUCUGCUGGCAGCCAACAAUUCAAACACCGUAUUGAUCCUGUGUGAGCACAUGAUGUCAGCACACUUCAGCCAGCAGGUGGCAGCAGUGCAGCUCACCCCAACUCAGCUCAGCAUCACCCAAUUCCCUGCAGGAGUGCACCUGGCUCUGCAGUCUGACAGACACAUCAAGGGAGUGUGUGUUAACAAGGAGUCAGUGACUGUGUGGAGUGGCAAGCAGGUCACCGUGUAUGAACUUUCAGGAACUGUUCUUCGUAAUACAGGAGCCUUCCUUUGUGACUCCCAUGUAGUAGCUGUACAUGGCGAGAAUCUCUACACAGUGGAACCAAACAGAGUCCAGAUUCGCACACCACAGGGCACUGUAAAGCAACUGCUGACCUUCUCCAAGGUAGAGGGCAACCCUGUGAUACUAAACGUGUGUCAGUCAUACCUGGUGGUAGGCACAGACACUGCACACAUCAGAGUUUUCGACCUCUCUCGAAGAGAUGCCAAAGCUCACUGCAAUGCUAAAAACCUGGCUGAGCAGAUUUCCAAUCUGGGAGCCUUGAGGUCAGUCAAGUGUAAUGCCAACGGUAGCCAAGUCAGCAUCCUAAUCACACAGGUUAAUGGACGCCCGGAUCACAAAGUGUACUUUUACGACAUUGAGAUGGACACUGUGACACAUUUUGAUUUCUUCAUCGGCAGACCAUCCAGCAGUAUCUCACAGUCAGAAGAAAGUGAACGGCAGCAGUUUCAGAUGACAGAGCUCAGCGGCCGCUGCCCUAUAUCUCACUUCUGGGAUGAGAGUGAACCUCGUCUUUUUGUGUGUGAAACUGUGCCCAUCAGCUCUGAAUCCUCAUUGACUAGUUGUUUAGACACGAUGGACGUGUCAGUAGUGACACUCUUCUGUACGCAGGAGCAUGGGCUUCUCCUUCAGGACUACUAUCUCAGACCUCCAGGUCUGCAGGCACUCCUCGCUCUGGAUGUUCCCUACUAUUAUUUCAGCUGCAAGCCUGGCGAGAAAGGACAAGGUUUAACAGAGGUUGCGUCUGCAACAUCAGCACCGCCAACCCCAGCGCAGCCACCACGAGGGACGACAGCUCAGUUCCCCAACAUGGUGUCCAGGCGAGCUCUCAGAGACUUUGUUGGCCUGGAGAACUGUGAGAAGGCCACCCGUGACGCCAUGCUUAACUUCAGCUUCUACCUGACCAUCGGCGACAUGGAUGAAGCCUUUAAAUCUAUCAAGCUCAUCAAGAGUAAAGCCGUUUGGGAAAACAUGGCACGGAUGUGUGUGAAAACCCGCCGGCUGGAUGUGGCACGUGUGUGUCUGGGGAAUAUGGGAAAUGCCAGGGCAGCAAAAGCACUAAAGGAGGCGGAGACUGAGCCGGAGCCAGAGGCCCAAGUAGCGAUGUUAGCCAUUCAGCUCGGCAUGAUGGAAGAUGCAGAAAAGUUGUACAAGAGCUGUCAACGCUAUGACCUGCUGAACAAUUUCUACCAAGCUUCGGGCCAGUGGAAGCACGCGUUGGAAACAGCAGAAAACCAAGAUCGCAUCCAUCUGCGCACUACCUACUACAACUAUGCCAAUUACCUGGAGUCAAUUGGCGACAAAGCACUCGCCCUGGCAUAUUAUGAGAAUUCAGAUACACACAGGGUAGAAGUUCCCAGAAUGCUUCAGGAUGACACCGUAUCCCUGGAGAUUUACGUCAACAAAAUGAGAGACAAGAACAUCUAUAAGUGGUGGGCUCAGUACCUGGAGAGCCAGUCAGACAUGGAUUCAGCACUGCGAUUCUAUGAAUGCGCCCAGGAUUACCUCUCUUUGGUUCGAGUCCACUGCUACAUGGGAAACAUUCAGAAGGCAUCUGAGAUAGCCAAUGACACAGGAGACAGGGCAGCAUCUUACCACUUGGCCAGGAACUACGAGGGCCAUGAUGACAUCCAACAGGCUGUCCAUUUCUACACACGGGCACAGGCAUAUAACAAUGCCAUACGGCUUUGCAAGGAGAAUGGUUUGGAUGACCAGCUGAUGAACCUAGCUCUGCUCAGUAACCCAGAGGACAUGAUGGAGGCUGCAUGCUACUAUGAAGAGAAGGGCACCCAUAUGGACAGAGCUGUCGCCCUCUACCACAAGGCUGGUUAUUUCUCCAAAGCUCUGGAGCUGGCGUUCACCACCCAACAGUUCUCUGCACUUCAAAUGAUUGCUGAGGAUCUGAAUGAGACCUCGGACCCAGCACUCCUCGCACGCUGCUCUGACUUCUUCAUCACACACUCCCAGUAUGACAAGGCUGUGGAGUUACUGGUCGCAGCCAAAAAGUACCACCAGGCUCUGGAGGUGUGCGUGAGCCAGAACUUGACCAUUACAGACGAGCUGGCAGAGCGAAUGAAGAUCACUGAUUCUAACGACCUGUCUGAAGAAGCCCGAAAGGAGCUGCUGGAGAGGAUCGCUGACUGCUGCAUGCGCCAGGGAAAUUACCACCUCGCUACCAAGAAAUACACACAGGCGGGAAACAGGCUCAAGGCCAUGAGGGCACUCCUGAAGUCAGGCGAUACAGAGAAGAUCGUAUACUUUGCCAACGUUUGUCGCCAAAAGGAGCUCUUCAUCAUGGCUGCCAACUACCUUCAGUCUCUGGACUGGCAGAAAAAUCCAGAAAUCCUGAAGACAAUCAUUGGCUUUUACACCAAAGGAAGGGCACCAGAUCUGCUUGCUGGCUUCUAUGAAGCAUGUGCCCAGGUGGAGAUUGAUGAUUACCAGAACUAUGAAAAGGCACUGGAUGCUUUGACUGAAGCGUUCAAGUGCCUCUCAAAAGUAAAGGACCCUGGACAACAUGAAGCGAGACUGGCAGACCUGCAGAGUAAAGUCACCCUUAUUAAGAAGUUUGUCCAUGCACGCAGGUUGUACACAGAGGACCCUGGUGAGGCGGUGGGGUUAUGUGAAUCCCUGCUAGAGGAGCCAGAGUUGGACCCUGCUGUCAGGAUUGGAGAUGUGUUUGGUUUCCUGGUGGAGCACCACUGCCAGCAGGGCAACUUCAAAGUAGCUUGCCGUAAGCUUGAGGAGCUCCAGAAACUUUUGCCAGGGCAGAAUGUCAAGUACUAUAUUAGCCAGGCCAGCCUGGAAGCCCUGAACAAACACAUGGACCCACCGAUGGAUAGAGGUGACAGCAACCAUAAUGCGAGGGAGGACGAUGAAGUGGAAGAGGACUUAUCCUAAUAAAGCCUCACUUCUGUUUUUAAUAUGUAUUUUCAUGUAUUUGUAUUGAAAUGCUGUUAAAGAAAGCACUUGGUCAUGAUGGAUUGGACGAUCACUGUGAAAAACAAAAAAGAGAGAAAGAAGAAAGUUACAGUACGACAACAUGAGGAUACUCAAAAUGUCCCACUCAUCUUAAUAUGAGGGGAAAAGGUUAAACACCUAGACCUUAGAUCAAAUGUUCAGAGUAUUAAAUGCAAUUAUUAUUACAGCCUUAUAGAAGAAUUUACAUCUGGUUCUGGCUCUGAAUAUGGAGGAUUACCGUGUGCUCAUGUGGUUUACAUUUAGAAUUUUCACAAUGUAUAAAUUGUAAAUAUAAUGAUAAUAAUACUUAAGUGUCAAAAGUUGUACCCAUGUAAAGAAUUUUGCAGCUGUUUUUGAUAACGUGUCACUUUUUAUAGCAAUGGCAUUGUGAAUUUUGUUUUACAUUUUCACUGUUUCUAUACAUUGAAAAGUUACUAUAAUAAAACAUUUAUUAAAUUUAA